AAAACUUUUUUGUAUCGAAGGAAUCAACAGCCGCCAUCUUGUCGUGGCUCGGAAUUAGGAUUUCGGUCCAACACUGGUUUUUACGUAGAAAUCGAGCAUCCUUACCGCGAUAUGACAGCGUCCUUCCCCCGAAAACGACAUCUUAACAUCGACUCGGAGACAUUUUGUGCGAAAAAACGGGAAUUGGAUCGGUGGUCGUCGGGCAGAAAAGCUCCGUAUAUCUGAUUUCCCCUUCAGAGUGCGGCGAUUCAGCCCCUGUCGCCGUUCGGGAGCAGUAUUGUUUACCGUGGGCAAGCGGAGACCAGGUCGUGACUUUCGAAGUGGUUUUCAAAAACACAGCAUUUUUAUGCAAUUGUGCAUUUUUGUGGAGCUUCGCGCGAUUUUUGCAUGAAGAAAUUUGACGUCACGCAAAAUGGGUACUUGGAUCAUCUAGAAAUUACGACCUUUCCCCCGGACUGCACCGCAAUACCGCUGUUUACUGGACUGUCACUCUGAAGUUCGGUUCUUUACAUGGGGACAUUUUUAUUUCGGGUUAUUUAACGACCAUAAUGUGGGUGUUGGGUGUUGGAUUAUCAUGGGGUGAAUGGCGGUGGCGAAGCGGGGCGCUAUUGCAUCUCUUUUAAAGACUGUGACUCUCUCAGCGAGCAGAGCAGCAGCUAACGCUAACUGAUAACUUAGCUGGUAGCAGCCAAUUAGCUAGCUAUUAGCCAGUUAGCUCACGUUAGCAGGCUGCCAGCUUGCUAAUGCGCUAAACCGGGAAGGCUCGGGCUGAUAGAGCAACUUCCCCGUCAUAAGGCAAUCAACAUUAUCAACUUAAGCAACCGGCCGGACAACAUAGCAACUAUGUCUGAGAACCUGCUGGAAACCGGACCUCCCAGCUCAAAGCGGGCGAAGCUGAAUUCACCUGCCCUGUCAGCGUCUGAUGGACCAGAUCUGGGGUCACUAUCCUGGGUUGAUCUGGAGAAUGACCUCCCAGAUGAGUUGAUCCCUAAUGGAGAUCUGAGCAUGAUGGGUGGGAUGCCUUCAAAUGGUGGAGCAGCACCUGGAGCUGGUGGGCCAGGUGGUACCCCGGCAGGCCUUGGCGGUGGUGGCGUCCCGGAUGCAGCCGCCAAGCACAAGCAGCUCUCAGAGCUCCUUCGAGCAGGUAGCACCUCCAGUAUCACAGGUGCAGGAAUGAACUCAGCUAGCCCUCAGCCUGGCAGUAUGGGGCCUCAGCUGGGCACACCGCUGGGAAAGAGCCCCCUUGGCCAGGGCUCCCCCAACAACCACCCGUCCCCCCAGGCCCAAAAAGCAGGAACACCAACUGGAAUAGCGGGGCAGAACAAUAACAAUAAUACUGCAACCAUGGCCUUGAACACAACAGGCUUCAGCCAAGCCAUGAUUAACAAUAGCCAGGGCCAUGGUGGGCUCCUGGCCCAGGGAGGGCAGCCCCAACCUGGGCAGGUGAUGAAUGGUGGUCUCGGACCUGAAGCUGGGAGAGGACGGGGAGCGGGGGUGGCAGGCAUGCAGUACCAAGGACCCACAAUGCAGGGAGCUGCACCAGGACCAGGAGGAGCAGGGAGUGCGUUGGCAGAGACACUCACCCAGGGAGGGCAACAGAUGGGGGCUCACGCCACCCUUGGUGCAGCCCAGCAAGCAGGCAACAUGAACAAGAUGGGCUUGGGCAGCAAUGGGGGUCCAUUUGGGGCCCAGCCCUACGGUCAAGGUGCCACAGGGCCCGGCCAGCAGCUAAACCCUCAGCAGCAGCUCCAGAACAAGGCUGCCCUUGCCAACAGCCUGCCACCCUUCCCUAGUGAGCUCAAAGGGGCCGCUGUCACUAGUGUGCCAAAUAUGCAGCUCCAGCAGCAGCCUCAGCAGCAGACGGCGAUGCUCCCACUGGCCAGCGGUGGAGGUGUGGCAGUGCCUUCGGCAGGCCCCACAGCCGACCCAGAGAAGCGCAAGCUGAUCCAGCAGCAGCUGGUCCUGCUGCUUCAUGCACACAAGUGCCAGCGACGGGAGCAGGCCAACGGGGAGGUGAGGGCCUGCGCCCUGCCUCACUGCCGCACCAUGAAGAACGUCCUCAACCACAUGACCCACUGCCAGGCCGGCAAGUCCUGCCAGGUGGCUCACUGUGCGUCCUCCAGACAGAUCAUCUCCCACUGGAAAAAUUGCACACGACACGACUGUCCCGUCUGCCUGCCGCUGAAGAAUGCCAGUGACAAGCGCACCCAGCAGCCCAUGCUGAGCUCUCCCAAUGCAGGCCUCCAGAACCCCAUGUCCUCAGUUGGUGUGGGCCAGCCCAGUGCUCCCACCAUCAAUACCUCAACCCCCAUAGACCCCAGCUCCAUGCAGAGAGCCUAUGCGGCACUUGGGCUGCCCUACAGCAGCCAGGCCACUGGGCAGGCCCAGACCCAGCAGGCCCCGGGCCCAGGACAGGCAGCGGGCACACAGAAUGCACAGGCCCAGCAACAACAGCAGCUUUCGCAGCAGAUGAGAUCCAUCAAUGCACUUGGUAACCAGAUGGCUCUUGGAGGUGCGACAAUGGGCGUGACCACUUCAGACCAGACAAACCUGCAGGCAGACUCCCUACCCAACACACUCAACACUAACAAUCAGCUGCUGUCAGACGGCACAGCUGUGGGCUCAAUGGGCAACUUACCCACAGCAGCACCCAUCUCUGCCACGGGCACCAGGAAAGCGUGGCAUGAGCACGUCACUCAGGACCUGCGCAAUCACCUCGUACACAAACUAGUACAAGCCAUAUUCCCCACCCCUGACCCGGCAGCUUUGAAGGACAGACGAAUGGAAAACCUGGUGGCCUAUGCCAGAAAGGUGGAGGGGGACAUGUACGAGUCAGCUAACAGCCGGGAUGAGUACUAUCACUUCCUGGCUGAGAAAAUAUAUAAAAUCCAAAAGGAACUGGAGGAGAAGAGGCGCUCAAGGCUACAGAAGCAGAUCAUCAACCAGGCACCUUUGGCCGCCCAGGGGGCCCAGCAGCCGAGCCUCGCCCAGCCCAAUGCUUUUGGUCCAAGGCCGCAGAAUGGACCUGUUCCUCUACCCAACAUGCCAAAUCAGAUCAUGAAUCGCAUGCAGGUCUCACAAGGAAUCAACCAGUUCAACCACAUGGCUCUGCCCAAUGCCCAGAUAUCACAAACACCAAUGGGAGCCCGAGCUGCCUCGCCCAUGAAUCACCCACAGCAAAUGAACAUGAGCUCCGUCCCAGCGAUGGGGAUGUCUCCCUCCAGGAUGCCUCAGGCUCAGGGCAUGAUGGCCGGACAUGGCGGGGGUAACAUCGUAGGCCAGACGGCCAGCCAGGGACAGUUUCUGGCUCAGACCCAGUUCCCUCCAGGAUCUGCUGCAGUCGCUCCCACCCAGCCCCAACCCCAGGCGGAGCUCCCCGCAGCAGCACAGACGCAGCCCCCGCCUCAGCCCCCUACCACGCCGCUGUCUCAAUCAGGGGCCAGUCUGGAUAACCGGGUGCCCACACCGGCCUCAGCCGCCAGCGCCGACCUGCACUCGCAGCAUGUCGGAGCAGACCUGCCCGUCCAGGAAGUCAAAGCAGAGGCACACCAUGACCAGCAGGAGUUUGAGGCUGCUGGUGGCAAAACAGAGCCCAAGAUGGAGACUGAGGAAGACUCUUCUUCUACUAUUGUGAAGAAGGAGGAGCCAGAGGAAAAGCCGGAACCAAUGGAGGUAGAGGAGAAAAAGCCGGAAAUGAAGACAGAACCCAAAGAAGAGGAAGAGGGUGGAGCCAACAGCACAACCUCCUCAUCUCCCUCUCAGUCACGGAGGAAAAUCUUUAAGCCCGAGGAGUUGCGCCAGGCUCUGAUGCCGACUCUAGAAUCUCUCUACAGGCAGGACCCUGAGUCGCUGCCCUUCAGGCAGCCAGUAGACCCCAUGCUUCUGGGUAUCCCGGACUACUUCGACAUUGUUAAGAACCCAAUAGACCUGUCCACGAUCAAGCGUAAGCUUGACACAGGCCAAUACCAAGAGCCCUGGCAAUACGUCGACGAUGUCUGGCUGAUGUUCAACAAUGCCUGGCUGUACAACCGCAAGACGUCCCGGGUCUACAAGUACUGCUCCAAGCUGGCCGAGGUGUUCGAGUCAGAGAUCGACCCUGUCAUGCAGGGCCUGGGAUACUGCUGCGGGAGGAAGUACGAGUUCUCCCCUCAAACCCUCUGUUGCUAUGGCAAGCAGCUCUGCACCAUACCUACUGGAGGCACAUACUACAGUUACCAGAACAGGUAUCAUUUUUGUGAGAAGUGCUUCAAUGAGAUCCAGGGAGAGAGUGUGACGUUAGGAGAUGAUCCUGCACAGCCACAGACGAUGAUAUCAAAAGACCAGUUUGAACGGAAGAAGAAUGAUGUUCUCGACCCUGAACCGUUUGUUGAAUGUAAAGAUUGCGGACGGAAGAUGCACCAGAUAUGCGUCUUACACUACGAGGUCAUUUGGCCAUCUGGAUUUAUCUGUGACAACUGUUUAAAGAAGAGUGGAAAAACACGGAAGGAAAACAAGUUCUCUGCAAAACGGCUGCAGUCAACACGACUGGGAAUGUACAUAGAGGACCGUGUGAAUAAAUACUUGAAGAGACAGAACCACCCAGAGGCCGGAGAGGUGUUUGUCCGAGUGGUGGCGAGCUCCGACAAAACGGUGGAAGUUAAACCAGGCAUGAAAGCCAGAUUUGUGGACACAGGAGAAAUGCCUGAGACCUUUCCCUACAGAACCAAAGCACUUUUCGCCUUUGAGGAGAUUGACGGUGUGGACGUGUGCUUCUUUGGCAUGCAUGUGCAGGAGUACGGCUCUGAGUGCCCAUUUCCCAACACUAGACGGGUCUACAUAUCAUACCUUGACAGUAUUCACUUCUUCAGACCUCGGAUUCUACGCACAGCAGUGUAUCACGAGAUCCUCAUCGGCUAUCUAGAAUAUGUCAAGAAACUUGGGUAUGCCCAGGGCCACAUCUGGGCAUGUCCACCCAGUGAAGGAGAUGACUACAUCUUCCACUGCCAUCCUCCUGACCAGAAGAUCCCAAAGCCAAAAAGGCUGCAGGAGUGGUACAGGAAGAUGCUGGACAAGGCCUUUGCAGAGAGGAUUCUGCAUGACUACAAGGACAUCUUCAAACAAGCGACAGAGGACCGUCUGACCAGCGCUAAUGAGCUGCCGUACUUUGAGGGCGACUUCUGGCCCAACGUGCUGGAGGAGAGCAUCAAGGAGCUGGAGCAGGAGGAGGAGGAGAGGAAGAAGGAGGAGAACACAGCUGCCACUGAAACUCCUGAGGGUACACCAAGUGACAGCAAAAAUGCUAAGAAGAAGAACAACAAGAAGACCAAUAAAAACAAGAGCAGCGUGAGCCGAGCAAAUAAGAAGAAGCCUGGAAUGCCGAAUGUAGCCAAUGAUCUGUCCCAGAAGCUGUACGCCACCAUGGAGAAGCACAAAGAGGUGUUCUUUGUGAUCCACCUCCACUCCGGUCCAAUGGCCAACACCCUGCCACCCAUUUGUGACCCUGACCCCAUGCUCUCUUGUGACCUGAUGGAUGGCCGUGACGCCUUCCUGACUCUGGCCAGAGACAAACAUUGGGAGUUCAGCUCCCUCAGGAGGUGCAAGUGGAGCACCAUGUGCAUGCUUGUUGAGCUGCACAACCAGGGACAGGACCGCUUUGUCUACACUUGCAACGAGUGCAAGCACCAUGUGGAGACACGCUGGCACUGCACUGUGUGCGAGGACUUCGAUCUGUGCAUUAGUUGUUACAACAUGAAGGGACACGAGCACCAGAUGGUGAAGUGGGGCCUUGGCCUGGACGACGACAGCAACAGCCAGAGUGGAGAGGCCUCCAAGAGCCCACAGGAGAGCCGGCGCUUGAGUAUCCAACGCUGCAUCCAGUCCCUGGUCCAUGCUUGUCAGUGUCGCAAUGCCAACUGCUCUCUGCCGUCCUGCCAGAAGAUGAAGCGAGUGGUGCAACACACCAAGGGCUGCAAGCGCAAAACCAACGGUGGCUGCCCUGUAUGCAAGCAGCUUAUCGCUUUAUGCUGUUACCAUGCAAAGCACUGUCAGGAGAACAAGUGUCCUGUCCCGUUCUGCCUGAACAUCAAGCACAAGCUUCGCCAGCAGCAGCUGCAGCACAGGCUCCAGCAGGCCCAGCUGAUGAGGAGAAGAAUGGCUACCAUGCAAGGCAGAACCAUGCCGCUACCGUCCCCACCAGCCUCAGCUGCCCCCAGCACUCCCACUUCCCAUGCCCAGCCCAACACUCCCCAGACGCCCCAGCAGCCACUCUCCAACCAGCCCCAGACUCCCAACUCAGCAGGUGUUAUGUCCCCCACUUUCCCCAACACACCUCGCAAUGGCCCGCCUCAAGCACCGGUGUCUCAGGGGAAGCCUGGGCCCCAGGCCUCGCCUCUACACCAGCAGCAGUCCCCUCUCCCCCAGCCGCCUCAGCAACCUCAGCAGCUACAGCAGCCUCCACCUGCUGCGGUCAAGAUGGCCCGACACAUCGAGAUGAUGGCACAGGCUCAGCAGAACUAUCGGGUCAACAUGAACGGCUUGCCCAUAAACCCCCAGCAGCCACAGCAGCGCAUGACUGGACCAAUGCAGCCACCUAUGCAGAUGGUGCCAGGGCCCCGAGGGCCACAGGUCGUGCAACCAGGCAUGGCCCCAGGACAGUGGCCUGGCGCUGCAGGGCCCAUGCAGACACCUCAGACUCAACAACCAGGACUUGUCCCAGGCCAGACCCCACAGCAGGCCAUGACCAUGCCGCGAGCCAUGAUGCCCCUAGGGCAGCAACCCCAGCAGGGCCAGAGGAUGCUGAUUCCACAGCAGCCUGGUGCCCGGCCACAGACCCCCCAGAGACCUGGCGCUAUUGCACCCAACGCCCUGCAGGACCUUCUUCGCACCCUCAAGUCUCCCAGCUCGCCCCAGCAGCAGCAGCAGGUCCUCAACAUCCUCAAAUCAAACCCUCAGCUAAUGGCUGCUUUCAUCAAACAGCGAACAGCCAAGUACCAUGCCAACCAGCCGCAGCAGCAAGCAGGUCAGCAACAGCAGCCCGGGAUGCCAGCAAUGCAGGUCAUGGCCAUGCCAGGAGGGGCGGUGCAGAGGCCGGGAAUGCCCCCUCAGCAGCCCCAGCAACCUCCUGCGCAGGGCCUGGCUGCAUUAGGGGCUCAAGGGCAGCUGAUGAACGCAGCACACAACAACCCCCAGAUCCAGGAGCUCUACCGUCGGCAGCUCUUAAGACAACAACAGCAGCAACAGCAACAGCAGGAUCCCAGCAUCAGCAGCAAAAACACAACACAACAACAACAACAACAACAACAGGGAGUGAUGCCUCAGGGCCAUCCUGGUCAGUUCCCUGCUCAGGCGCAGGGUACAGCACCUACGUACUCCCAGCUCCGCAUGCAGCAGCAGCAGAUAGUCAUGCAAGCAGGUGCAGGAGCAGCUGGGGGACCCAUGGGCCAACUCCCACCCAUGGCUCAGAUGGCCCAGCCUGGCAUGGUGAUGGACUCCACCCAAAACCUACUGCAUCAACGAAUGCUCCAGCAGCAGCAGCAGCAGCAGCAAAUUCCCCAGCAGCAGCAGGCCGUCCUCAAGCAGCAGAUGGGCUCUCCUGCCCAGCCCAGCCCCAUGAGCCCCCAGACCCACCUGCUGGCCGGCCAGCCCCAGGGUGGAGGCCACCUACCUGGCCAGCCCACACUAGCCAACGCCCUCAACAACCAGGUCCGUUCCCCUGCGCCAGUCCAGUCCCCCUGUCCGCCCUCGCAACAACAGCCCCAGCAGCAGCGGCCACAUUCCAGUCCCUCACCGCAGGUCCAGAACCAGCCCCAGCCCUCGCCACAGCACCCACAUCCACCCCACUCGGCUUCCCCCCACCCAGGACUCGGGGGCCCGCUGUCAGGGUCCAUGGAGCAGGGACACUUGGGGACACCAGAACAGAGCGCCAUGCUACCGCAGCUUAACACGCCCAACAGAGGGGGGCUGAACAGUGACUUGGGGAUGGUGGGAGAUGCUACAGGGGACACUCUGGAGAAGUUUGUGGAGGGAUUGUAGCAUUUUUGCUGGGAACUAAAGAACAUUGUGGCUCCCAGGGACCCAUCCUCUCAGUCCUCUUUCUCCUAGGUUCCCCUCAGACUCUUUAUCCCGUUAGAGGGCUUUGUUUGUUCUUUCUAAGUUUGCGAACGGUUUUUUGUACUGACAUGUAAAAAGUUUCAACUGUUGUAAAAAGAAAAAAGAAAAUUUGGUCGAUGGGGAAAAAAAAGAGUCAACACUUCUAGGGAAUGUAAUUGUUUCAUAAACCCAAGUGAUGGGUGUUUUCUUCCUUAAGAUGUUGAGGGAUUUGCAAGUUGCUUCUUAAAUGAAAUUUAAAUCACAAAGAAUAUAUUUUUUGGUUGAGACCAAAUGUGUUCAAUACUCAAUUUAUUUUUGGUUUGUUUUUGGUAUGGUUUCAUGCCUUUCUUGUUUCUUUUCUUUCUUUUUUUUAAGAACAUGUACAAUUGCAUUAUAUUAUUCAUAUCUUUUUAUUUUGUACCUUUGGAAAAGAAACUUAAAGCAUUUUUGUGUUGAAACUGUAAAAUAAUUUGUCUGGGAGUUGGGCCAGGUUUUUGUUCUGUUCUCAAGCUGUCAUUCCUGGCUAUUGUAAUCUAGUGUUGUACCAUUACUCCAAGACGAUGCGUUCAGGGACCGUUCCCCUCCUCUUUGUGUAUGAAGAGCACUCAGUUGUGUUAAAUAGGAAAAUGGACUGCGGCAGGUUGUGUAUACACGGGCAUGUAUGCAGGCGCACAUGAAGACACUGACACACAAACCCUCACAGUCACUAAAUUAACUACAGCUCCGACUGGUUUCACAAACGCAGACAACAAGGACUGCAACCUACAUCUCAGUGGCCUGGAAUUUAGAAAAUCUGUCUUGCAGGUGUAGAAAAUUGUUGCUUUGACAUUAAAAAGAAUCUGUCAUACUUUUUUGUCAUACAGAUGUUGUAAAGUGUAAAGAGAUUGUGAGAAAGAGACCAGCCCCCUAAGCUGAGGUGGAAUGAUCACCGGUUGUUUGUAGGCCACAUCUCGGAUGAUGCCCCAUCCUCUAAAUUUUACACUAAGCUGUGUGCUAUCUAGGGAUGAGGGGCACGUUUGAGAUUCACCCUGAGGAAAACUAAAUGUUGUCAACCCUCAUUCCUCUCUCACAAAAACUUGAAUUGGGGGGGAAUUUACUUUUUCUCCUAUUGUAAAUCAAGUUAUUAAGCAAAAUACUAUAAAUAUAAGGAAGAGAGAUUGAAAUCACUGUAUAAACUGGUAAAAGACUCAUUUCUUACUUAUAUACCAUAUUGUUAAAUAAACUGUGUGCAGCAGAAGAACUCCAGUACUCUGUUGACUAAAUAAUGAUGCAUCA